UUUAAACAGACUAGUCCGCCCCAUUCCCAUCCUUCUGGAUCGGAGGCUCUGCUACGCCGCCGCCGUGGGCCAAGUCCCGGGCGCGCGAGGAGCCCACCCGGCACGGCCGGAAGGAGCGGGGCGGGGCCUCCAGGCUCCCAGCUGGGCCUGAACCCGCUCGGGGAAGCCAGUGUGGGGCCGACUGUUUUUUAGGCAAAAGCCAAGGGCGGGCGCGCCAGGCUGCCUCCCCAGGCUCUCCUUACUUGCAAUUCCUUCCGCUUUGCUGAAUUGGGAGUCGCGAUCUCCAGCACAGGCGGUACAUGCACCUGCCGUGGACCUCAUGUAAGAAUUUACAGAAGAAGGGGCUCUUGACAAAACCCAUCUGUGCACACCGGCAGGUUCCAUGUCAGGAGUGGCUGAGAUGAGGAUGUGCCACAGUUUGUCCUACCUGCAAAGCAGGAUCCAGGACCUGCUGAGGGGAAGAGUCAUUCACUGGGCCCUUCAACAGCCCAACUUCAAAAGCUUACUUCCAUUAACCAUCCAUUGACACCAUACAGACUCCAAGCCUCUGAAUUGUGCUUGACAACAACAUGGAGAUGAUUUUGCCUGUACCUGGACCAAUGAGGGGUCGGUCCAUGGUCGCGAGGAUACAGAGCAGGAGCCUCUGUACUGGCCAUCUUGAGCGGUUGAGACCAACUGGCAUCUUCCUGAACCUAACCGCACUGAACCGCACCGCAGCACACCACAGCGCACUGUAGAUCUAGGCGGGUCGGAGACAGUGCACCCCAGCGCCCAUCAUGUCUGGGCAAAGGAGCCGCGGAGGGUCUUCUGAUCACCAGAGGCGGAACCGCACCCGAAGCCGCACCAGCAGAGCUGAAUUGACCUUCUCUGUGAGCCACCUGGAGCACCUCCUGCGGGACGGCCACUACACCCAGCGUCUCAGCGCCAACGCACCUGUGUACCUGGCGGCCAUCAUCCAGUACCUGACGGCCACGAUCCUGGAGCUGGCGGGCAACGAGGCCCAGAAAAUCGGCUGCAGGCGCAUCACCCCGGCUCUGCUGGACAUGGCGAUCCACAACAACGCACUGCUCAGCGGCUUCUUCGAGAACACCACCAUUUCCCAAGUGGCCCCGGGCAGGCGGUAGCUUCCCAACAUGACCUGGGCUCCCCGGGCCUCGGCCCACUCACAGCCCAGGCAGCCCGGGCCUGUCUGGCGCCUUGGGCCAAGUUAUUGAAAAUAAA